GCUUUUGUGUUUCUUUUGGGGGAAAGUGGACCUUCGUGUUUAUGCCGUGUGAGUUAAAGGGCGGAGCGGGGGAAAGGGGUUUGGUACAAAGGCGAAGCCAGGCGAGAUGUUGCUGCCGGGGAAAGUGGGCUAACUGCCUCAGCAGCCAGAGAAAGCUGUUGGCUUCUGACUGAUGGGAGACUCCAACAAGAUAAAGAUUCUCUGAGGGAACCCUUCCUGCCCCGUUAUCCAUUGUCCGAAUCCUCAGUCUUGUGUUGAUGGAACUGGGGGUCCAAAAAUAGAGGCUGGAUUUCUACCUCACCCCACACACAAAACACAUUUAAUAAACAAGUACUCAGGUAAGCAUAGCCCCUGUGAGGUGAAACAUCUGUGGGGCAAAUUCCCAGCCCUGAAUUUCCAGCACCAAAUUGCGCUAAAGGAACGUGUUAAGCCAGAAUGAAAAGGGAGGAGGAGGAGCCAGCAGGCCUGGAACUGGAUGUAGGAGCACAAGGAACUAGAGUGGGAUCCCCUGGUGCAUACCACAGGGGAACAGUUGGGCGGCACCUGAGCUCGCUGGACUCCCAAAGCAUUAAACAGGAACCGGAAGAGGGAUCCUCGUCGCAGCACUGGGAUACCCAGUGGCAGGAGUUUCUCAAAAUUGUGCAGGUGCCCUGGCCUGGAGAAGGAACCCCACAGCUGCCAGUGACUGCAUCAUGGGGUGAUGCGUCUGUAGCCCCCUUUGAGGGAUCAGCGGCCACUGUCCAUGGGACUCAAGAUGAAGGCAAGACUGAAUUCUUACCCCCCUUCAAGGGAAUGGCCCAACAAGCCAACAGCAUGCUGGAUGUUGCUGGUGGGCAAGCCACAGAGAUCAAGACUAAGAAGGCUGUCGGCUCAGAAAUGCGGUGUCGGCGUUUCAGGCAGCUCUGCUAUGAGGAGGCCAAGGGGCCCUGGGAGGUAUACAGCCAACUCUGCGAGCUCUGCCAUGGGUGGUUGAAGCCGGAGAGAAACACCAAGGAGCAGAUGCUGGACUUGGUUGUCUUGGAACAGUUCCUGGCUGUUCUGCCUUCAGAAAUGAGGCACUGGGUUGAAAGAGAUGGUAUUGAGAGCUGUUUGCAUGCCGUGGCCCUGGCAGAGGAGUUCCUGCAAAGGCAGCAAGAGGCCGAAAAACCAGAAUGGCAGGAUUCAGGAGCUGUUGAAACGGUGUCUGUGCCUUCCCCUAAGGAAGAAGAACAUUCUCUGCCGGAUCUGGAACAAAGUGGCAUUUGUGGGGAAGUCAUGUCAGAUGAUGAUAAAGAGCCAUCUCUGGGUGAAGACAGCAUAGCAGAAGAAAGUUCUGAAGAGUCUCCAGCAAAUUACGAGCAGCCAAAUGACUAUGCAGAUGCCAGCGAUCUGCUGGAAAACGACCCACAAGCAGAACUGUCGCCAACUGCCUUCGAAAGAAGAGCAGCAGAGAACAUUUCCGAUGAUGAGGGAAAGGAAGAAUCUGGCGCGCAUCAAGAGAGGCCAGGAAGGCAGCGGAGGAGCCACACCAAGAACAGGAUGAGCAAAUCCAUCUCUUGCCCAGACCGCCUUUUGCGAAAUCAGCAAAUCCACACGACCAAAAAGCUGCACAAGUGCUCUUACUGCGGGAAAGGCAUCAGUGGUAGGUCACAUCUGAUUAUUCAUGAGAGGACCCACACAGGGGAGAAACCCUUCAACUGUUCUGCUUGUGGGAAGAAUUUCAGACGUAAUUCUCACCUCAUCGUACAUCAAAGGACUCACACGGGAGAGAAGCCGUACAAGUGUUCCUACUGCGGCAAAACCUUCAGUCACAGCUCUCUCCUGAUCAAACACGAGAGGACCCACACUGGAGAGAAGCCGUACAAAUGCUCCUAUUGCACAAAAAGCUUCAGUCAGAGCUCCUGCCUGACCAUUCAUGAAAGGACGCACACAGGGGAGAAACCCUACAAGUGCUUGGUCUGUGAGAAGGGCUUCACGAGCAAUUCACAACUUGUCGAACAUGGUCGGAUCCACACAGGGGAGAAGCCAUACAACUGCUUUGCUUGUGAAAAGACUUUCCGAUGUAAUUCCCAACUGGUUAGGCAUCAGAGAACCCACACAGGGGAAAAACCCUACAAGUGUUCUGUCUGUGAGAAGACCACCAGAUCCAAAUCGGACCUGAUCAGACACGAGAGGACCCACACGCGGGAAAAGCCGUAUCAGUGCUCAGAGUGUGGAGGGGGCUUUAUUUGGAAAUCGCAGCUGGUCAGCCAUCAGAGAAUGCACAAUGAAGAGAAAUCUUGGCACAAUCAUGCGCUGACUGUGGGGAAGGCUGUUGUCAUAACUCACUUCUUAUGAUUCACAGAAGAGCCAAGAAAAGCCAGAGCUUCUGCCCAAAUAUCUACUUGGCAUCAGAUGGCUCAAGUGCAAGUUCCAAAUGCCCCAUGUGGGUAGCAUCCAUGGCAAGGUGCUGACAUUCAUAGCUGCCCUUGAGUUCAUACGUUCUGUUUUUCUGCUUAGAUCCCUAUUUCUUAACUACUUCUGUCUAAUUUCAGUGCCACAUGCUGAACUCCAGUGUACACAGCAAAAAAAAAAAUCAAUGCUCACAAAGUCACCAUUUUUAUUUGAGGGCAGGAAACUCUCCGUUUUUGAUCUUUUCCUUGUGGAAUUUUUCAAGGCAAAGAAGUAACAGAGAACAGUAGUUUUCCCCCGAAAUUUUGAUGAAGCUGUUUUGAGAUGACUGCGUCUGUCCAGUGUACUGAUGUCUUUUGUACUUAUCCUACAUUACGUGCAGUUUGUUGUGGUGCAUGAAUAGGGGCUUGUAGUCAGUGUCUUUUGAACCAAUCUAAAGCCAUUAGGAGGCACAGAUACUUUUGUGCAAGCAUCAAUGAAACAUGGUGCAGUAGUGGAAUGAAAGAAACUCUCUGAUAACUCACGAAUGCAAGUUGGGGAGGUUGUAGAUGCCGUGCUGGAGGUACAGAAUUGUCCUUGGUCUAAUUGGUUCCUGUUUCGUGUUUCAUAUUUGUAUUGUUAUUGUG